AAGAGAUGUUGGGCUACAUAAUUCUGGCCAGUUUAGCACUUUACAGAAUAGCAAAUGCUGCUGAUGAGCGCGAAAUCGAAGGCAAAGUUGUCGUCGUGACUGGAGCAGCGCAAGGAAUCGGCUAUGCUAUCGCCGACAACUUUUUAGCUAACGGUGCCGGUGUUGUUAUAAUACUGGACAAAAACUACACCAAAGGAAGCUGAGGAGAAUCUAAAAUACAAAUACGGUAAUGAUAAAGCGUUGUUUCUUGAGUGUGACAUUACGACAGACCUAUUCGUUUGGGAUCGACUAGUUGAAUACAUCCAGAAUAUUGACGUGCUAGUUAACAACGCUGCCGUAAUCGACGUGGAUAAUCCAAGAAACACCAUUACCACUAACACAAUAGCCUUGAUCGAAUGGUCCAUGAAAUUCUCCGAACACACAAGAUUGGAUAAGUGCGGGCACGGCGGUACUAUUAUUAAUGUGGCUUCAGUGACUGGACAUUGGGUGGCACCAUUUUUCCCGGCCUACAUAGCAUCGAAAUAUGGCGUAGUCGGGUUCUCUAAAUCAUUUGGCCAUGCAUAUAAUUAUAAAUCAACUGGUGUGAGGGUCGUGGCUUUAUGCCCAAGUUUCACGUUAACUCCAUUGGUAUUCACGAAAAUUGUUUCGGAUGAGCAGGAGGAUGCUUUUGACAGAUACAGGAGUAAUCAAGUAUGGCAAAGCGCUGAUGAAGUUGGCAUAAGAGCUGUUGAGGUCUUCAAAAAUGCCGAUUCGGGGACAUCUUGGGACGUGGUCGGAGGAAGUCCAGCCUUCGAAUCACUCUCCACCGAAUAUAUUACCAUACCUGACGAAAUAAUUCCUGAAGGAACAUGUCAAGUUGAUUGUGAAUGUGACUGA